GACAUGCCGGCAGUAAAACACUAUUAGAGGAAAAACAGGAGCCAUGGCUGGACUGCAACCUCAGGGGGAUCCAUUGAAAAUGUCGUACAGAGAAAACUGGAAGGUGCAGCAUGAGAAACUGCAUGUUAAACACAGAGGACAUGAGGCCAUGCACGCUGAGAUGGUUCUGAUCCUCAUCGCCACCCUGGUGGUUGCACAAAUUGUACUUGUCCAGUGGAAGCAGAGACACUGCAGAUCAUACAACAUGGUGACGCUGCUGCAGAUGUGGGUGGUUCCACUUUACUUUACUAUAAAGCUUUACUGGUGGAGAUUUCUGUCUACAUGGGGCAUGUUCUCAGUCAUCACCAGCUACGUAAUUUUCAGAGCUACUCGAAAACCUCUCUCUGUUCGAACUCCCAGGAUGGUGUAUAAGUGGUUCCUCCUAAUUUACAAGCUGAGCUACGCUGUGGGCGUGUUUGGUUACCUCGCCAUUAUGUUUACUAUGUUUGGAUUCAAUGUUUUCUUCAGGAUCAAAGCAGAGGACUCGAUGGAUGUGGGCGUGAUCAUGCUGUUCUAUGGGCUGUACUAUGGAGUGAUGGGUCGAGACUUUGCUGAAAUCUGCUCAGACUACAUGGCAUCCACUAUAGGGUAUUAUAACGUAGGGGGAAUGCCAUCUCGGAAUCUGAGCCACGACAUAUGUGCUGUGUGCGGACAGAAGACGUUUGUGGACGUGGAUGAGGAGGGCAUCAUUGAGGACACCUAUCAGCUCUCCUGCAAUCACAUAUUUCAUGAAUUCUGUAUUCGUGGCUGGUGCAUUGUGGGAAAGAAGCAGACUUGUCCAUACUGCAAUGAAAAGGUGGACCUUAAGAGAAUGAUGAACAAUCCCUGGGAGAGAACACAUGUUCUGUACGGACAGCUGUUGGAUUGGCUACGGUACCUUGUUGCCUGGCAGCCAAUCAUAAUCGGUGUUGUGCAUGGGAUAAAUUUCUCACUGGGACUUGAGUAAAGAUGGUAAAGUGUUUGUUUACUGUGGCUGUAUUUAUUUGUAAAUUAGGGACUUUAUAAAACAGGAAGGGUAAUGGCUUUUGUACAGUUUAAGUUAUUUGAUACACAAAGCAGAAGCCACAGUAUUAACCUCAGCCAUUGCCAGCACUCAGAAAUGAGAGGUCUGUGACUCAUAUGAUUUUUCUUUGUUUUGCACAUUAGAUCUGUUUAUUGUGUGUUUUUGUAUGUGUUCAUCACUCUUGUGAAAAUCGUGCCUCAUAAAGUCAGUUUGUGACCAUAACCCUCAGUGCCAAUACAUAUUGUAGGUCACAUCCUGAGCUUUAGAAGUGAUGGUCUCAUGGGGUUUUAUUCAGGGUGGAUCAGUGCAGCGCUGUGAAUAGCAUAGAUUUUAUGUGCAUGCUGCUUCACUUGUACAUCUAAAUUUAAGGCAUUACUAAAUUACACAACAUAUGUUUUAUUCAGUUUUAGUUAGGGGUGUAACGGUACAGAACAUUCACGGUUCGGUUCACAUCUCGGUAUAAAUCCCACAGUUCAGUACGGCUGGUGGAAAAAAUAAAGAGGCUGGGCAUUCUGUUUAACCUCACCAUUAUUAACUUCAUAAUAACAAUAAAUCUUCAUUAUAAUCAAAUUAUGUUUUUUUGGCAUGUAAUGUUUUAGCGGGGCUCAAGCAUUUUUAUUAAAUACUUAAAACCAGGGUUCUCUCCUACUGUCAUCAUGAAAGGAUCCAUUUUUAGAUCUUGUUGGAACAAACAAACAAUGAGCCUGAUUAUGACACUAUUAAAAACAAAAACACCAUAAUUACUUUACUGGUUAAAGUACAAAUAUUUAUUCCUAAGCAUAUUACUGGAUGCAUUUCAGUUUUUUUAAAAGUAAAUAUCAGCAUUAGAUUGUUAAAAUUAAGAGAGAGAGAGAGCACAAGAGAGAGCAAGUGAGAAAGCGAGAGAGAGAGACAGACAGCAUGAGUGAAAGAGAGAGAGAGAGAGAGAGAGAGAGGGACAGUACGAGCGCCUAACCCUGCGUUCACACUAGAAAGCGACAGGCGACUAUUAGUUUCCUAUGACAGCACAGCAGACAGUUUGAAUGACCUGCGCUUCUGAGCGCGCUCUCUGCUUGUGUGCUCCAGCUUCCAAUCAGAGCUAAACCAAAAGGUCAGUAGCGAGUUGCUAAUAGCAACAGUGCUACAGCUACACUUUCUGAUUUACGUUCAUUGGUUCCACAAGUCUUCUAUAGACUGCCUGUGUACCUUGUAUUCUGCGUUUUUUUGCGCAAACCGAACUGUGACCCCUGUACCGUGACAGUUCGUAAAGAAUACAUGUACCGUUACACCCCUAGUUUCAGUAUGGCAGGCUACUACUCUGAGUCUGUUAAAGAUCAUUUUAUUUUCCAAUUUACAGAUUCUGAAAUCGUACAAUUGAAAGUUACUAUUUCCAAUGUUAGUUUGGGUUUUUAAUAUCAUAUCAGGUAAUAUACUUAUCUAAAAGCAGGUUAUCAUACUCAGACUACUAAUAAAUGCAACUAGCAGCAUGAGUUUAGAUGACAUUUGUCAUCUAAAAUAUCUAAUCCAUCAUAUCUGUCGAUAGCAGCCUAAAACUGACAUCUAGACAAUUCUAAUAUAAUCUCUUCUCUCUGUACUCUGUAUUCUCUCAUCGGUAACACUUUACAAUAUGGGUCACAAAUAACAGUAUUUACAACAGUAAUAAACCUUGUUAAAUGGUGAAGUAAUUUCUUAGCUAAUUAGUAAUUAACACUAGUUAAGACAUUAUUUAAACAUUACUACAUUUUAAUCCUUAAAAAAAUGCAAUUAAUCAUGAAUCGGGACAAAAGCACCUUGUUUUUGUCUCAUGUAUGUCUAUUUGUGUCCCUGCUGUAUUGUACACACAGUGUCUCCCAUUCUCCUUUAUUAUAUCUAUUAUCUGUACUUGCUGUAAAAUUGGGAAGGAGAGUAACGUAAUUUCAGUUCUCUGUAUGUCCUGUACAUAUGCAGUAUUGACAAUAAAACUACUUGACUUGACUUGACUUACAAAUAUUUAAAUGAUUAAUAAUGUAUUAACUAGUGUCAAUUAAUAAUUAGUUGAGAUAUUUUAUUCUAAGUACUGUUAAUUAAUGUACCCUUGUUGUAAAGUGUUAUCCUCUCAUUUUUCAUUCGUUUAUUACUGGUCAUAUCUAGUAGUGUUGUUCUAAAUCUGUAAACUCAUUUCUGAUGUUACCUACAUUGUCUACUGGCUCAGAUCUAGGCCGGAUCAGAUAUCAGCUUUUAAACCUGCAAAUCACAUUCAAAUCUUAAAACAAUUUAAACUGUAUAAAUAAGAAUUUCAUUUAUUAUAGAAACAACUAGUAGAAAAUUAAAUUAUUCUUUUUUUCUCCAGCAGCGUUUUAACAUUAAUCAAACCAGGAACAUAUAUAUAUAUAUAUAUAUAUAUAUAUAUAUAUAUAUAUAUAUAUAUAUAUAUAUAUAUAUAUAUAGUCCACCCUUUUGCUCCAAAUAUUGACUGUCAGGGUUUUUGAGGUUGUCCACUCUGGUUGGCUGGUCAGCUGAUAAAGUGCAGUCAAUUUGUAUUAUACAUUAGAUAUUAACCACUAUAAAAUUGUCAUUAAAUGUGUCUGCAAUAUGUUUAAAAGCAAUUUGUAUUCAGUUUAAUUCAAACUGGACAGUGCAGUGUAGACCAUCAUCAUGGUUCUCUUUCUUAUCACAAAUUAAAACACAGUUUAAAAGUUUUUGCUAAUAACUGUAUAAGGUCUGCAAAGAGAAGAACUAAAAUCCUAGGAAGAUUUAAGGAAUUUGGGAAUAGGAUUUGGGAAUAUUUCAACUGUGAUUAAUCAGGACAAAAGGAGAAUGUCUGAUUGCUUUCCAGAAAUACACUGUGUGAGCCAGUAGUCUGCAGCUGUAGAAUAUGUAGUGAUGUGUGAUCAGGUUAUUAUAUUUGCACAUUUUCUGACAGCUUUGCUGCUGCUGUGAGAUGUAAGAGAAAGAGAAAAUGUGAUACAGAGAAAAUUUACAUUUUAAAGUUUACAGUGUUUGGAAUGUGCAUUGCACAUUGUUUAAGGGAAACUCAAAAUAAUAUAAAGCUGAAUUGUUCUAUGAAA